AUUUGAUUAAAUCAACGUUCAAUAUCAUUCUACUAGAACCUUCUCUUUCUUCUCCAGCCUAUAUCAUCACCCUUAUUUCCCCCAAGUGAGCUUGUGUUCUGCUCGUGCUAGCGUGUGUUUCUUUUUAUCUUAUCACUUCACUGUAUCUGCUUUCAAGAAUCGUUCGACACCAUGACCAAGAAUUACCCAACUGUUAGCGCUGAAUACCAGAAGGCCGUUGAGAAAUGCAAGAGGAAGCUCAGAGGUCUCAUCGCUGAGAAGAAGUGUGCUCCUCUCAUGCUCCGUAUCGCAUGGCACUCAGCUGGUACUUUUGAUGUGAAGACAAAGACUGGCGGUCCAUUCGGGACCAUGAAGAAUCCUGCUGAGUUGGCUCACAGCGCAAACAAUGGCCUCGAUAUUGCCGUCAGGCUUUUGGAGCCAAUCAAGCAGCAGUUCCCAAUCCUCAGCUAUGGUGACUUCUAUCAGUUGGCCGGUGUUGUUGCUGUUGAGAUCACUGGUGGGCCUGAAGUUCCCUUCCACCCCGGAAGAGAGGACAAGCCUGAGCCACCUCCGGAAGGACGUCUUCCUGAUGCCACCAAGGGGUCUGACCACUUGAGGGAUGUCUUUGGCACCAUGGGCCUUAGUGAUCAGGAUAUUGUCGCUCUCUCUGGUGGCCACACCUUGGGAAGAGCCCACAAGGAGAGGUCUGGAUUUGAGGGAGCAUGGACUCCUAACCCCCUCAUCUUUGACAACUCCUACUUCAAGGAACUCUUGGACGGAGAGAAGGACGGCCUUCUGCAAUUGCCUUCUGACAAAGCCCUUCUGACCGACCCUGUUUUCCGUCCAUUGGUUGACAAAUAUGCUGCGGAUGAGGAUGCAUUCUUUGUUGAUUACGCAGAAGCUCAUCUCAGGCUCUCUGAGCUCGGAUUUGCCGAAGCCUAAGCUUCUCGCUUAAAUAGGGGAUGAUGCCAACAACCUUAUGCGUGGUUUUGAUGUUUGAAUGUUUUUUAUUUCUCAGAAGAUUAGAAUAGAUUUUGGGGAAUGAUGUUGGUUGAAGUUGGUGGUUGUGUUUUGCUACAUAUAUUGAAAGAGAGAAGAUGGUUAGAAUGUUAUGGUACUCAUCCUUUACUGAGUAUUGGUUAAUAAUAUUAUAAAUUUCUUGGGACUUUCAGUAACA